CCGUCGCAGGCUACAUGGUAAACAAAGAAUCAAACCGUUGAUCGUUCGAGAACAUGGCGCAAGGACAGGGCAAAAAGAAGAAGUCUUCAGCGGCCAAGAAGCCUCAGAAAAAGGCUCUUGGGCCGAAAAAGGGAGCACGAGCCAUUGCUCCGAAGAAAACGAAGAGUGUCAAGGCAGCAAAAGUGAAGAAGGUAAUGGAAAUAGCCAUUAAGACAAAGAUAGAACAGGAGCUCACUCAAGCAGCAACCAGCAAACAGUCGCUGCCAUUCAAAAUGGUGAAACCUGCUGUGUCGGGCAAGAAGCCAGGCAAAAAGCCAGCUAAGAAAGGGGCAGGAAAAAAGAAGAAAUAACUCCAUUAACAAUAGCGUUGCAAGAAAUUUUACUCAGAUGUAUAUUAUCAUCCAUACUUCUAGAAUACCAUCAAGUUCCGAAAGAACAACUCUAAGGCUAUUUGGAGUUCAUUAGUAGUUCCUUUUUUUUAACAUUUCUUUAGUAUUGAUAUUUUGUUAUGUAAAAUGUGAAACAGAACCCUACAUGGGCUAACCCAACAAAACAAAAUCUGACAAAUAGAUCUGACAAGAAUUUCUUUUCGUCCUAAAAAAGUAAAAUUAGAUGUGCAGACACUUUUGUGGCAGGUUCUUCAUUUAAGAGAUUGCUAUUUACAAGCAACCAUUACUUUCACGUGUUCAAUAUUUUUGGAUCUUAAUGGUAUUUCAUAGAUUAUGAAAUUAUUAUACCCUGCUGUUGUUUUCUUUGUGUUAAAGUUGUUAACAUCCAAUCAAAAUGCAACUAUAUUGCAGUCAUAUAAAUAUAGUACUGAAUAUACUA